AUGGCGAGCGAGUACUUUGCGACAGUUCAAGUGGAAGAUGUCGAUAUCGUCAAAUUCCUCAACGCCGCCUGCGCCCCGGGACUGGUCGACGUCAACGCUUAUCAGAAGGCCAUCGAUUCUUACAUCAAGUCGUUGAAUAGUCUAGUCGAUGACGAGAACCUCCCCAAGAGUGCUAGGGACCAUGCAGCAUCCCUCAUGGACCGGUACCGUACGGGACCCGAUAAAGAGCUCGCUAGGCGCUGGCUACAGGCGAGGAAGCCUCCGCCAAGCCAUUCGACAAAUGUGACCAUCAACGGUGAUAUGCUCGGGGGAUCAGUCAAUGCUAUCGGGGUUCUUGCGCCAACAGUGGCGGCAAGCAAGAAGCGGCAGACGCGUUUGGAGGAGGAGGGGAACGAGGAGGGAGAAGGAGGAGGAAAGGAAAAGAAGAAGAGGAAGAAGAAAGGCGGUGAUCAGGCAGGAAUCGCGUCAUUGGAUAAUAAUAAUACAUAUCGCCGGAUGACCGCCGAUUCCAUGUGGAAACUGCCCAGUGGGGCAUAUGUGGAAGAUGUACUUCGGAAUGCUCCGGGCCUAGCACGGUCCUUUGUAAUUGAUGUUCUUGAUCCAUCUGUCGAAAAGCUCUUUGACCCGGAUGACUGGCCAGAAAUACUCGCGCAGGUGCCGCCCUGGCCGGAUAUUGAUGAGAAACUUGUGAGCUCAAUGGAGCGGUUUUGGGAUGCCGAAUCUCCCGCUCAGCUCCGGAAGAUUUUGGGUAGUACCUCCUUCCUCAAGGAAGAUGAACAAUAUAAUCGAGCGGAGAACUAUGACCUGGAUUGGAUUGAUCUAUGCUUUAGAAUGCUGCUACCUCUAUACGAAGACCCCGAUCAAAUACUCCUCAAAGAUCAUAACGAGCAAUGGUACACCAUCAAUAUAUGGUCCGUCAUCGUGGACCGUUGUCUCCAAAAUCUUAGCGGGAUCACUCUUCGCCGCGGUGAGACGACGAGUAUCGAGAGCACCGCAAGAAGGAACCGCGACCGGGUGGCCACCACAAGGCGCAAAAGACUUGGUGCACGUUUUGAUGGACUAGCUCAGGACAACAAUGGGCAACUUGAGUACCUCGCCAUGGAAACUUCAAGAACCUUUGACGGCGAGACUAGCAGUAAAUGGCUCUGUGACACCAGGAAGGUGGCUAAAUCCCUUCAUGGAAUGCUGUACCGUCUACAGGGUCACGUCAAACAGGAUGGGGUGAUUUUGAGAGAGAUGCAUAUGGCGGGUCUCGUCAGCGCAGGAUUGCAUUGCCAGGUACUUCGAAUGACGUAUGCGAAAGGCCAUUAUAUGGCGUAUGAAGAUGAUUGCCCGGAAGUGCAAGGACUCCGUCGCGAAACAUGGGCUGGGAACCAAGCUUUCGGACUUGCUGUCACCCCCGAGCCUCCCGAGCCUUCCCAGCUUAUCGACCUCAUGUCCCAUUAUUCCUCCCUCUUGUGA